CGCGUUAUAACACGCGAGAGGUUUGUUUUCUGCCUUACUUCAGUUUUCUAUUUCAAAUUGUAUAAAUUGGUGUGAACAAAAAGCAUCUAAUUUUAUGGUUAUGUAGUUUGUGAAUUCGAAAAAGAAAGAUAAUAACUAAACUGAUUUUAAAUAUCUUGAAAGAUGGAUUUCCUAGAAUAUACUGAUGUAAUUGCUGAAGUUAAAGGAGCUAUGACACCUGGACGAUUGAAACUUACGGAUCAACAUUUAAUUUUUAAAAAUCAAAAAACAGGUAAAGUGGAGCAAAUUUCAGCGUCAGAUAUGGAAAUGGUAAAUUAUCAGAAAUUCAUUGGUACCUGGGGUCUUCGAAUAUUUCUCAAAAACGGAACUUUACAUAGAUUCCGUGGAUUUAAGGAAGGUGAUCAGGAAAAAAUUGCAAAAUUCUUUGCACAAAAUUAUAAAAAGGAUAUGCUAGAGAAAGAACUUAGUUUAAAAGGUUGGAAUUGGGGUACAGCUCGGUUUAAUGGUUCUGUAUUAAGUUUUGAUGUUGGUCAUCAUACUGCUUUUGAAAUUCCACUGUAUGAUGUAUCUCAAUGUAACACUGGUAAAAACGAAGUCACAUUGGAAUUUCAUCAGAAUGAUGAUGCUCCUGUAAGUUUAAUGGAAAUGAGAUUUCAUAUUCCUAUCAGUGACAGUGCAGAUCAAGAUCCAGUAGAAGCGUUUCAUCAACAAGUUAUGGAAAAAGCAUCUGUCAUCAGUGUUAGUGGAGAUGCCAUUGCAAUAUUUAGGGAGAUUCAAUGUUUGACACCUCGUGGUCGUUAUGAUAUAAAGAUAUUUCAAUCAUUUUUCCAAUUACAUGGUAAAACUUUUGAUUAUAAAAUUCCAAUGUCAACUGUUUUAAGACUAUUCCUUUUGCCACAUAAAGACAACAGACAAAUGUAUUUUGUGGUCAGUUUAGAUCCACCAAUUAAACAAGGUCAAACUCGUUAUCACUAUUUAGUAUUAUUGUUCAAUCAAGAAGAAAGGACUUCAAUUGAAUUACCUUUUUCUGAAAAAGAGCUAAAAGAAAAAUAUGAGGAUAAAUUAUCAAAAGAAUUAUCUGGGCCAACUUACGAAGUUUUAGGAAAAGUAAUGAAAGUUAUUAUCAAUAGAAAACUUACUGGACCUGGAAAUUUCAUUAGUCAUUCUGGGACACUUGCGAUUAGUUGUUCGUUUAAAGCAGCUGCAGGUUAUUUAUAUCCUUUAGAAAGGGGUUUUAUUUACGUUCAUAAACCACCAAUUCACAUACGUUUUGAAGAAAUUGCAUCGGUAAAUUUUGCUCGUGGUGGCGGUUCUACCAGAUCGUUUGAUUUUGAAAUUGAAUUAACUAGUGGUGUUGUUCAUACAUUCAGUAGUAUUGAAAAAGAAGAAUAUGGAAAACUUUUCGAUUUUAUUACUUCUAAAAAAUUACGGGUUAAGAAUAGAGGCAAGAGUGACAAAUUGAAUUAUGACAAUGACUUUGGAGAUAGUGAUCAAGAAGAUGAGCCAGAUGCUUAUUUGGCAAGAGUUAAAGCAGAAGCAGAAGAAAGAGAUGCAGAGGAAAAUCAAGAUUCUGAAGAAGAAUCUACUGAUGAAGAUUUUAAUCCUAAUCAGGAUGAGAGCGAUGUGGCAGAAGAAUAUGAUAGUAAUCCAAACAGUUCAGAAAGUGAAAAUGAAUCGGAUGCUUCAGGAAAAAGUCAAAAGAAAGAAAAAAAAGAAAAGAAGGAAAAAAAAUCAAAAUCUGCUAAAACUGUGUCAGAGAAGCCUAGAAAACCUAGAAAGCAAAAGAAAGAAAAGGAUGCAAAUAAACCUAAAAGACCACAAAGUGCGUUCAUGAUGUGGUUAAACAGUAAUCGAGAAAAAAUUAAAGCAGAAAAUGCUGGUAUCGCAGUUACAGAAAUUGCAAAAAAAGGAGGUGAAAUGUGGAGGGAAUUAAAAGAUAAAUCUGAAUGGGAACAAAAAGCAGCAAAAGCAAAAAAAGAGUAUAUUGCAUCAAUGAAAGUAUACAAAGCUAGUGCUGGAGGCGGAGGAGGUGAUAAAGAGAAAAAAGAAAAAGGAGAAAAGAAAAAAAAAGAGAGUAAAAAAGAAUCUCCCAGUAAGCUUAUGUCAGGAACUAGUUUUAAGAGCAAAGAAUAUAUCAGCGAUGACGAAAGCAGCAGCGAUGAAGAUAAUAAGAAAUCAGAAAAGAAGGUCUCAGACGAAGAUAGUGACGAAAAUAAAGAAAAAAAAAGGGGAGACAAACGGAGUGCGGAGGAUGAUGACAAAAAAGUAAAGAAAGGAAAAAAAGAAGAGUCUGAUGAAGGUAGUGAUGAAGAACCUAUUGAAAGUACUCCGCCGUCUAGUGAAGCUGAAUCUAAAGACAGCGACUAAUUCUAAUUUAAUUAUUUUUUAAAUUACUACUUAAAAUAAUAUUUACCUAUAAAUAUAUGUAUUACUGAGUGCUUUAAAAUCAUUAAAAUAUGUUCCAAAUUUA